AUGGCUGUGAUCGAAGAUUGGAUAUGGCAAGAUCCGGAUCGACUGGAUGCAAUCUCAGAAAUAGAUGUGAUCAACAUCUUUGAAACUCUCAUGACUUAUCAUUCAGCAAAGGGUGCGGUAUAUCUUGGUCAUUUUCAGGACCGGUGGUGCCUUAUCGACCAGUCUAGAAGGGUACUAGAGCAAUGUCUUUUACUUCCACCUUUAGAUCUAAUCAAAACUCAUUUGAUGAUUCAAUCUUCUCAACUAAGAUAUCGGAAAUAUAGUGGUAGUAUGAUUGAAGAAUCGGAAUCAAGACCACUUUUCAGAUUACUUUCAAUUGAAGCUCAUGAACGUGCUAGAUGGAUGUGA